AUGUACCCAAUUAGCUUGUACCUCAUCAUAUCGUUGUGUCAUACGAUAGUACUAUCAUGUCAGUCAGGAGUUCCUGUCUUCAAAGGAGCCGACGUCGAAGCUAAACAGCUACAAGACGAUCCUCAGAUGCGAGUGAUGGCUACAGUAAGGCCAGCUGAUGCUCUCACCUUCAAUACAGUAACCUUCCCUCCUAUGCCAACCCUCCCUACCCUACCGUCGCUCUCUGAUAUCUUCAAAUUACCGAGUCCAGUAACUCUCAAAGUUGACAACAGUAUCCCCGAAGCUUCUACAGUAGCACGUGUCAGCGAUUCAUCUACAGUACCCGCUAGCACAGUCGUCAUACCUACAGUGUUCCCAACCUUAAUACCUAAUCUUCCAUCUUUUGCCACGGUAAACAAUAACGUACUGAACAAAGUUAACCCUGAAGUCAUAGACAACAUCGUAAGCGACAGUAAACCUGAUGUAGCUGAUGAUGACAUCAGUUCAAGUGGAAAUGGCACAAAUGAUGAAGAUGUAAAUAGUGCUGUAUCCGAAAUAACUUCUACAGUACCAUCUAGCACAACUUCUACUGAAGCUUCAAGUACAACAGAAGAACCGAAACAAGACUGUAGCAGAGCUACUGUAACCGCAAUUACUCUGAUGCCAUUUAACGAUCACCUUGUCGUUGUAGACAAAGAACGGAUAAAUCAACAGGUAAUGUGGCUUUAAAUUAUUGUAAAUGUCAUUACUAUAAUAACUAAUUUAAAUUACGGUAAUUGACAUUAAAGCUACUGUAAGUUAUAAUGAACAUUACAGUAUUAUUGUUUCUCUAAUUAACUUAUAAUAAUCUUUAUUUCAGAUUAUUUUGCUAGAAAGUUACACCCAAACCAAAUUUGACUCAUUCGGAACUUAUACUCAAGAAGCUGUGUAAGUAUUACAGUUUGCCGUUUUAAUGUUAUAUUAGUUUAGUCGAAAAGUUUGUCGAAUUUAAAAUAAAUUCGCUGACUAAUCUUGAUACCUAUUUCAGAAACAUUGAUGGACAAUUCUCGUUAGAAUUUAGAAUCAAAGACGUUAAAAGCUGCGCCGACCUCCGUGACUAUGCAACCAAGGCUGUAUCCUACAGUAGGGAAGUAAGUAGCGACAAAAUUUAAAAAACCUCAAAAGAUAAAUCAAAAUAAGCCACACCUAUCUUAACCUUACCCAUAUGUCAUCAUUUAAAUCAUUUAAAACCUUAUCAAUAGCUAAAAUAUUAAAAACCUUAUCGCCACUUCUACCACUUCUACCUUCAGAUCGAACGAAUCCUAUUCACGUGUCACUGUGAACCAAUGUGGAUCAUCGCAAAGCGUCGCUCAGGCUAA